GCUGAACCUGAACACUGGCUAAAUCGAAGUUUCUUGUAUUGAAUGACAAUGAUGAAGAAUUUGUGGUAAUUUUUUUUCAUCAACUUGUCCUACCUGAUUUGUAUUCAAAGUGCGUCCAACAAUAACUGAUCAGGUGUUCGGUGAGAGUGUACAUUUAGUUGAAUUGUCGGCGACAAUAAUAUUGCUAAAUUUCAAAGUGUACGGGUUUCUUGUGGCGGAUCGCGAUUAUGUGAACUCAUCAAACAACUGUACUUAGGAAUUCUAUUCUAUGUCAUUGUUUUGCUGUCCUUUGAUAACUAGACUUGGGGAGAGAAUGAUCAGCAUGAACUCGACAUUGGUGGAGACAGUUAGCAUCAACUAUGAAGAUUUCAAUGAAAGUUUUCUCACCUGUGGAACUUGUUUAUGCAUGUAUGAUGGGAACGAACACACCCCGAAAUUGCUUCAAUGCUCCCACACAGUUUGUCUUCAUUGUCUCACCCGCAUCGCAGCAUCGCAAACACGGGACACCGGAUCGUUUCGAUGUCCGAUUUGCAGAGAGUUGAUUACCAUACCGCGAGGGGGUGUAAGCGCGCUACCUCCCUCGUUUCUGGUGAAUCAGUUGCUGGAUCUGAUGUCGCGACAGAGAAGAGAGGUUAUUCCUAAAUGUUCAGUACACAUAAACCAAGAAUUGCUAUUUUGCGAAACCUGCGACACAGUAUUCUGCACGUUGUGCACAGGAGGAUCUCACAAUGACAGCACCAAUAGUUGCGAACACACCAUAAUACCGUUUUCCAUAGCUAUCAAAAGAAUGUCCGAAAUUCUGUUAUAUAAGGCUAACGAGUGUAUAUCAAAGCUGACACAAGCGCAAGAAGGAGUUACAUCAGAACUGAAUAGGUUAAAUGCGGCAAAAGACAAAUGUUUAGAGCACAUAGACAUUACAUUCCAACAAAUUCAAGAGGCCAUCAAUAAAAGAAAGCAAGAAAUGGUAGACCAGGUUAAUCAAAUGUGUAAUGAAAAAAAAAGGGUAUUGGAAGAACAGCAUGGGUUAAUAGAAAAUGAAAAAAAUAAGGUCGAGCAAGAAUGUCAAGGUCUUCAAUAUCAAGUAGAAGUGAGAAAUAUAACUCAGAAAAUUGAAAUUUUGACAGAAAAACUGGAUACAGCGUUUAGUUUAGGAGAACCGAGAGAAAACGCCUUUCUCACUUGCGAUUUUAGCCUAAAUGAUAGCUUAGAUCAAAUUCAACAGCAUUUAGGAAUUUUAGGUAAAGUUAGAACUUCCACAACAUUUCCUAGUCUGUGCACUGCCCAAAUCCAAGAAAAUAUUGUUGCUGGAAUUGAAAGUUGCAUAACACUGACAACUGUAGAUUACCAUGGCAAUGCAAGGAAAAAUGGCGGGGAUCCUAUACAAGCUGAUAUACUUAUAGUGAUGGCGGAGCAGGGACCCGAACCUACUUUUCCAAUUAGAAUUCAUGACUGUGAUGAUGGUACUUACAAACUUUACUUCCGAGCUCGAAAAUCUGGAAGAUAUGGAGUUAAGAUAUCUGUGAUGGAUAGACCUAUUAAAGAUAAUCCACUUUAUUUUGAUGUUACGGAUCAUAAUAACCCAGUGGCCAUGUAUGGAACUAGAGGAAGUGGAAAAGAUGAGUUUAAUCAACCCGUUGCUGUAGCUAUAGAUGAGAGAGACCAGACUGUUUACGUAUUAGAUACAGGAAAUUCUAGGAUUAAAGUGCUUAAUGAACUAUUUGAAUGUGUUAAGCACGUCACUAAUGAUGGUCUACUAGGUAGAAGUUGCACAGGAAUAGCAAUCUCAAAUAAUGGAUUAGUUGUCGUGAAUUGGCGAACAAAGAUCGUUACUGAACUAACAACUGAUGGAGAGACUGUGAAAGCGUUUACUAAUAAUGCUUUUCAGGAGCCUAUAGACAUAGCUGUAGACAAGAGUUACGGACAUAUUUUGGUGGCAGACAACGGCAUGAGUUGUGUCUUCGUAUUCGACGAGGAAGGCAAAAUAUUGUUUCAGGUUGGCAAAAAAGGAACAUUCUCCCUAAUAUCUUCGGUAUCCAUUGGCCCAACCGGUGAAAUAUUUGUAGUGGAUACACGCGUACAAAUGUUUUCAGCCAAGGGUGAUUUUAUGGAAGUUGUAUACGAUGAAGGCAGAGGAAAAGGACGAUAUGGGGGCGUCGUCAUAGAUUCGGAAGGCCGAAUAAUCGCCACUCGAACAGAGCAGAAAGGUCGCAGCUAUCUUCAAGUACUGUGUUCAAAUGACAAAACGAUUAACCAAUGCAUCGAUUCUCACGACUCAAAACUCAAAAGACCCGGUGGCCUUGCAGUCGCCAAUGAUCACCACGUUAUAGUUGUAGAUUUGGGAAAUAAUUGCAUUAAGAAAUAUAAGUACUGGUAGUCGGCUGCAUGAUCGUACUCUUGUUUUUUAUUUUCAAUUUUUAUAUGGUAAGAUAGGAGACUUUUAGUCGUCCUAUUUCUUGACACAAAUCUUUAAAUUAUUAGUGCAAUCCUCGGAACUAACCAUCACCUUUAAAAAAAUGUAUGCUUGAUUGUUGCUGUGAUUUUAUAUUGGUGAUCCAAACUUCAUUCUUACAAAAUACUUUUCUAUCACUAACGUCAUAAAUAACCAUUUUCUCAUUUUAAAUACUAAUAGCCCUAAUGGGCUGCUAAUUAUUGGCCACCAUAGGCUUUAGACCACUCAUGGCCAUUUGCACCGCUAUCACUUAAGGGAUAUUAAGGGAUAUUUGAUUUAGGUGGAGCUUUUGAAUGUGACUUUUGUUUCUACGAGAGUCACAUUCAAAGCUCCACUUGGAUUAAAUAUCCCUUAAGUUAUAGCGGUGCAAAUGGCCGUCACUCUCACACAUAAAACUGUCGCACUCGUUCAGUUAAACCUCACUUUACUGUUUUCUACUUCCCAAACUUAUGUUAGCAUGACACUCUAUGCAAAGUAUGUGUUUCGCGCAAAUUAAUAAUCACACGUGUAAAGUAGUGAGGUACGUUGUAGAUAGGUAUUAUUAGGUCUUAGCGUGCAACAAGUUAUGUUACAAGGUAAUGACUGUAAUGAGUAGAUACCUCACUAAACCUCAUAUACAGUUUCGAUGUUUUUUUCAAUUUCUCUCGGUUUUACCUAUUUCUCUGCUAUUAAGUAUUUGAAAAUAAUACCUAAAUAUUUUAAUAGCGAUUUGAAGUUAGAUGUGAUAUAAGGAACUUACAUUUAGAAUGGCUCUAAGAUUUUCGUUGAGAAUACAUAAAUCGUUUAGUUUUGAAAUCCAAAAAAUCUAUUGUUAUUCCUUUUGUGGCUCUAUAAUUUUUGCAAAAGAUAGGGUUGGCUCAGUUACAUAGGAUCGAUAGAUACAGGAAUGGGGUCUAGGCCAACGUACUUGCUGGCUAACACAAUAGUAAAGUACACAAGUACUACUACUAGGUACUACUACUACUACUACUACUACUACUACUACUACCACUUAGGAACAAUGAAUUUCAAUCACUCUUAAUAAAACUUGAGGAAAUUUGAAAUAUAGAGCACAUUCUUAAUUGAUUUCUUUGAGUUACUAUUCCAGGCAAAUCAACAAACCUAUUCCUAAUUUUUGUAUUAUAUUUUUAUAUUUGACAAUUUCAGAACUGUAUAAUAAUGUAAUAAUAUUCUCAUACCGAUUUUCAAAAAGUAGCCUCUCUAUUGACACAUACAUAAAAAUUUGAUAGAAUGUUUUCAUUCCUUUUUAUCUUGAAGCAAUUUAAAAAUGUGUAGAUAUAUACACGAUUCAAUGUUUGUCAUUUUCUUUAUAUUGUAUACUACGACACCAUUUUCCCUAGUUUUGUUUAAACUUUCAGCUUAAUAUACAUAUUUUAGUUUUUAAACUCAUCGUUAUAAGCUACUUGGAUACUAGGUUUAGCUAGAGAUAAACCACUUAACAGCUUUUUUGGAAUAUGUGAUGUAUUUCUCUAGAUAUCUUUUAAACUUUGAAAGUUGGUUGAGAUGGUAAAAGAUGUGUAUGAUGUUGGUUUAAAAUGGUAGGUUUUGAAUGAAUGGUUUUGUUUUGAUGUAGAUUGUAAGGAAACACAAAAAAGUCGAUCGGAUUAUUAGUCCGGGGGCCGAGGACCUUUUUUCCAAAUCAUUAAUAACAAGCUAGUUUUUUCAAUGCAGCUUCAUUUCACUGAGACGCCCAACUUUUUUCUCUUCGAAAAUUGCGAAAACAGGUAGCUAACAUACUGCGCAGGUGUAAAACAUGUCGAUUUGGUGACUAUGAAAAUUUAAUUAAUAACAGUUAGUUUUUCAGCUAAAUGUUGAGAUAAUUUUAUGAAUAAUUUGAAACAACAUUUGUCCGACAAAAUAAAGGGUUUGGUCUACGAUGUCCCUCCCCUCAAACAUGUAGCAAUUACGUUGCAUAAAAAAUGAUUAAUAACAAGUUGAUUUUUUCAAUGUAGGUUGGUAAAUAGUAUUACAAUUAAAUGGUCACACUGUCCUACAAAUAAACAUGUAGCUAUUUUCAGUCCUACACUCAAAAGUUGUCGAUUUCACGAUUUAACUUUUUUCAUUAAUAACCGGCUAAAUCUUCGUGAGUAUCUUCAUUUUGAUAAGACGCCCAAAUUUUCUGUUGCGAAAAUUCCAAAAACAGGUAGCUGAAUGUUGAGAUAGUUUCAUAAAUAUUAUGAAACAACAUUUGUCCGACAAAAUAAAUGGUUUGAUCUAGGCUGUCUCCCUUCUCAAACAUGUAGCAGAUACGUUACAUAAAAAAUAAUUUAUAACCAGUUGAUUUUUUUAAUGUAGCUUAGUAAAUAUUACUACAAUUAAAUGGUUACACUGUCCUACAAAUAAAGAGGUACAUUUCUCCAGUCCUACACUCAAAAGUUGUCGACUUCACGGUAAUAUUUUAUUCAUCAAUCACCGGCUAAAUUUUCUCGAGCAUCUUCAUAUUGAUAAUACGCCUAACUUUUCUAUUGCGAAAAGUUGCAAAAGUAGUAGCUACUAGAGUGAGUAUUAGUGAGCACAUGUAAUUGUGGUUAGGUGAUUAUGCAAAUGUAAUUAUUAACAGUUAACAGUUAAUUUUUCAGGUGAAUAAUGAGAUAAUUUUAUAAAUAAUUCGAAAUUCGAUUUGAGCCACAAAAUAAAUGGUUUGUUCUGCAGUGUCCCCAUUCUCAAAAAUGUAGCAAUUACUGGCUCAUAAAAAACGAUUUAUAACCAGUCGAUUUUGUUACUGUAGUUUGGUAAAUAUAACUACAAUUGAAUGGUCACAUUGUCCUAAAGAGGUAAGAUUUCUCAGCCCUACAUUCGAGAAUUUCGAAAAUAGCCUUAUGCAUAUUAUACGUAAAUAUGUACAGGGCUUUCAUUUCAAAACUUGCCACUCACGUUAUCUGCGUAAAUAGACAGAUUUCUAGAAAUCGCCGAAACAUGUCAACAAAUUUAUUGAGGGGGUGCGUUAAUUUGUUGACGUGUUCCGGCGAUUUCCAGAAAUCUGUCUCUUUAGGCAGAUAACGUGGGUGGCAAAUUUCGAAAUAAAAGCCCCUGUAUAUACAUAUGUACGUAUACAGAUGCGUGUAUAACUGCGUAUGUACACAUACCUACAUUUAUGUCGAUGGUUUCCAUUCGCAUCGACGCGCAUGCUCGUUAAUAACACAGUAUCGUAGUAUAGGAUGAUUCAAAAAGCGCGCCAGAUUUGAAUUGCUCGAAAAAGAGUUUCGGCAUGCCAUCAAAGUAGAGGGGGCCAUGCCCUUUGUCAUUUUCCAUACCCAGAUGGAGAAGGUUUGAUCCAACCGGUUCAUCUUAAUUCUAAAGAUAUUUAAAAUAACUAGAGCUCCUUUUUUAAUGUAUUAAAUCUGGCGCGCUUUUUUGCUGUAUAUAGGGUGAAUACAGGGUGUUUUCUAAGUUAGAGUUUUUCUUUUUAAAUAACGUGGAACUUAAAAAAAUACAGGAGUUUUCCAAAUAAUAUUUUCUCAAAAAUAAAAGAGAUAGGUACCUAUGUUCAUUUCAAAUAUUAUCAAAAAUCAAAUAUUUUAAUAAUUAUAUUUUUCAAAAUACAAAAGGUAAAAUUCUUGAAUUUAAUCUUUUUUUCCAGAAAUCUGUCUCUUUACACAGAUAACGUGGGUGGUAAGUUUUGAAAUGAAAGCCCUGUACAUAUUUACGUAUAAUAUGCAUAAGGCUAUUUUCGAAAUUCUCGAAUGUAGGGCUGAGAAAUCUUACCUCUUUAGGACAAUGUGACCAUUCAAUUGUAGUUAUAUUUACCAAACUACAGUAAAAAAUCAACUGGUUAUAAAUCGUUUUUUAUGAGCCAGUAAUUGCUACAAUUUUGAGAAAGGGGACACUGCAGACCAAACCAUUUAUUUUGUGGCUCAAAUCGAAUUUCGAAUUAUUUAUAAAAUUAUCUCAUUAUUCACCUGAAAAAUUAACUGUUAACUGUUAAUAAUUACAUUUGCAAAAUCACCUAAUCAAGGUAUUUUAUAUGUGCUCACUAGUGCUCACUCUAGUAGCUACUACUUUUGCAACUUUUCGAAAUAGGAAAGUUAGGCGUAUUAUCAAUACGAAGAUGCUCGAGAAGAUUAAGCCGGUGUCCGGUGAUUGAUGAAUAAAGUAUUACCGUGAAGUCGACAACUUUUGAGUGUAGGACUGGAGAAAUGUACCUCUUUAUUUGUAGGACAGUGUAACCAUUUAAUUGUAGUAAUAUUUACUAAGCUACAUUAAAAAUAUCAACUGGUUAUAAAUCAUUUUUUAUGUAACGUAUCUGCUACAUGUUUGAGAAGGGAGACAGCCUAGAUCAAACCAUUUAUUUUGUCGGACAAAUGUUGUUUCAUAUUAUUUAUGAAACUAUCUCAACAUUCAGCUGCAAAAUUAACUGUUAUUAUUUACAUUUGUAUGAUCACCAAAUAGACAUGUUUUCCACCUGCGCACUCUGUUAGCUACCUGUUUUUGGAAUUUUCGCAAAAGAAAAUUUGGGCGUCUUAUCAAAAUGAAGAUGCUCACGAAGAUUUAGCCGGUUAUUAAUGAAAAAAGUUAAAUCGUGAAAUCGACAACUUUUGAGUGUAGGACUGAAAAUAGCUACCUGUUUAUUUGUAGGACAGUGUGACCAUUUAAUUGUAAUAAUAUUUACCAACCUACAUUGAAAAAAAUCAACUUGUUAUUAAUCAUUUUUUAUGCAACGUAUUUGCUACAUGUUUGAGGGGGGGACAUCGUAGACCAAACCCUUUAUUUUGUCGGACAAAUGUUGUUUCAAAUUAUUCAUAAAAUUAUCUCAACAUUUAGCUGAAAAACUAACUGUUAUUAAUUAAAUUUUCAUAGUCACCAAAUCGACAUGUUUUACACCUGCGCAGUAUGUUAGCUACCUGUUUUCGCAAUUUUCGAAGAGAAAAAAGUUGGGCGUCUCGGUGAAAUGAAGCUGCAUUGAAAAAACUAGCUUGUUAUUAAUGAUUUGGAAAAAAGGUCCUCGGCCCCCGGUCUAUAUACCUUGUAGACGUGAUCUGCUUAUUCAUUUAAGUUGACAGCCAUAAUAAACCUAAGAUUCUACUUAUUAGGUGCGAAAAUAUAUCAUUCAACGAGCGGGUAAUGAUGGCGUAUACUCACGAGGAUAAGGUUUGCACUACGAGCCGCAGGCGAGUACUGUAAUCAUGUGAGUGAGCAAUAGCCAUUACCCGCGAGUAGAAUACUAUACUUUUUCUAUGAUUAUUGCAUUAAAUAAUAGAAACGAGUUUUGGAAUAUUUUAUUCAAUUUUCGUUACAAAAUUAUUUUUGACACCUGGAAAACAAAGUUUAGGUACCUACUUAGCUCCAGUCUUAUCCAAAUCGGUUGUUUUUAAAACAUACGUACGUCUACCUUCAAUGUAUGUUACCAACUUGCCGAAUUUUCUCAUUGGCUUUUAAAUAGUUGAGUAAUGACAUAUUAGUUAUUUUCAUUGGUUAAAAAUAAUUGAGUAAUAAAAAAAACUCACUGUUUGAGUAAUUACUCACAUCCAUCAAUAGAAAGUGGUCGUAUUGUAUAUUACCUACGCAUAUUAUUCAAUUCUCAUAGAAAAAAAAAUUAUAUUCGAAAUUAUGCCAUCCUUCUAAAAAGAACGCAAAAUUACUCUCAGUGAAUUUAAAAGAAACUUUUGUGUCUGAUAAUCACAUUGAUCGUUAAGUUGCCAAGUUACUUUUCAAAUCGUAUACUCACAAAGUGAAAUUCUGCUGUGGCACAUAAUAUUAUGUUCUUCUUCUUUUGUGUACAAAAACAUCGUUUUCUAGUCACUAGUUGCUGUAUUUUUAUAUCCAAUUUGCUGCGCGAAUAUUCGGCAUGCUGAAAAUAA